GGCUACCAAAGUGACGCAAUUUGUCUCUACGGUUGGAUUCCUAGCUUAUCCGUUUUAUUGGUCUCUUCCAUUUUGUCCAUUUUUGAAUCAUUUAUCCGUCUCCCAGCAGUAAGGGCCUUUAUAGACGAGACGACCAAUCUCUUCAUUUUCCAUCCUGCUUCUUUCCUCCUAGAAUCUCCACCAGAGACCGAGCAAGGAGUUCAAGGAUGCAAAUGGCAACUUCUCUAGGCGUCUUCACUCUUUUACUAUUUCUUGGAACUUCCUUUCACUCCCAGGUGAUUGCUGCGGCACCAGAUUCGAAGCUGAAGCUUAAUUCUAUGAUCCUGCAGGAGUCUAUAAUUAAAAAAAUCAAUGGAAACCCCAGUGCUGGAUGGAAAGCUGCCAUGAAUCCCAAAUUUUCCAAUUACACUGUUGGUCAAUUCAAGUAUCUCCUUGGAGCCAAGCCAACUCCCAAAAAGGAAUUGAGGGGUGUUCCUGUUAUAGGUCGUCUAAAAUCCUUGAAAUUGCCGAAAGAAUUUGAUGCAAGAAAAGCUUGGCCACAAUGUAGCACCAUUGGAAGAAUUCUAGAUCAGGGUCAUUGUGGAUCUUGUUGGGCGUUUGGUGCUGUUGAAUCACUAUCUGAUCGCUUUUGCAUCCAUUUUGGCUUGAACAUAUCUUUGUCUGUCAAUGAUCUCUUGGCAUGCUGUGGAUUUAUGUGCGGAGAUGGUUGUGAUGGAGGGUAUACUAUCUACGCAUGGAGAUACUUUGUCAACCAUGGUGUUGUCACGGAAGAGUGUGACCCAUACUUUGAUGAUAUUGGCUGUUCCCACCCGGGUUGUACCCCUGAAUUUCCUACGCCAAAGUGUGUAAGAAAAUGCAUUGAUAAGAACCAGCUUUGGAGCCAGUCAAAGCAUUACGGUGUCAAUGCAUAUAGAACUAGUUCUGAUCCUCAUGAUAUUAUGGCAGAAGUUUAUAAAAAUGGACCAGUAGAAGUUGAUUUCACGGUUUAUGAGGACUUUGCUCAUUAUAGAUCUGGAGUUUAUAAGCACAUUACUGGUGAUGUACUGGGAGGUCAUGCAGUUAAGCUUAUUGGGUGGGGGACUUCUGAUGAUGGAGAGGAUUAUUGGCUUCUUGCAAACCAGUGGAAUAGGGGAUGGGGCGAUGACGGUUACUUCAAGAUAAAGAGAGGAACAAAUGAGUGUGAUAUCGAAGAGAACGUGAUUGCUGGUUUGCCUUCAGCCAGAAACCUUGAUCUUGUCAGACAAGUUGCUGCGGUGGAUGCUCUUGGCUUUGGGGAUGCAUCUGCUUGAUAGAAUAUUAUUAUAAUACAUUAUUAUACUUCAAGUGGUGUAAUUAAUGCUUAAGACAUGAGUUGCAGAGAUAAGCUGUGGAUAUGCAUCAGGAAAGGCCAAAAACCAGAUAUGCAAAUCCAUGUUCUACUAUUGAUUUUAUCAACAAUACUUUAAUUGUUCAUGUAAGGAGGACACAGUCUGUAAAUAUUGUACGAAUCGUUAUUCACACGUUUAAUGGGAUUCACAUGCUUGCUGGUUGCUGCUA